UGUGUGGUCCAUCGAUCUGACUCCACUUCAUCCUCCUCUUCCUCUGCAGAGUCAGGAAACCAGCUGGUGGCUCAGGAGGCGGUGAGGAAGCAGUCUACUCUCCGCCGGCCACCUGCCCCGGCCCGCACAGGAACAGGGGAGCAGCUUUCCACCAAUUGCCUCAACUGUAGUCGAAUCACAGCCCUGACAGAUAGACUCAGCUCACUGGAGGCAAAGGUCCAGGUGCUGUCCUCUCCCGCCUCCGCUUCUCACCGCCACCUACAGGGUAAAGGAGGAUUGGCACGGGAAUCUUCCUCACAGAUGGUGGAUCCACAAACCAAAGGAGCCCCUGGCGAGCAGGGACUCAUAGGUCCACAGGGUGAAAGAGGCAGAGACGGUACCUCUGGACGAGAUGGGAAGCCAGGGUCUCAGGGACUGCCGGGACCCAGGGGCGAGGCUGGGGUGAGGGGCCCCUCGGGGACCCCAGGACCAGUGGGACCCAAAGGUCUACCAGGUCUCCCAGGAGAGAGGGGUCUACUUGGGCUACCUGGACCUCCAGGACCCCCUGGACCCCCAGCCACUGCCAGUGCCCACAUCCCAGAGCCAGACCGGGGUCAGGGCAAGCUGCUCCUCUCCAACACCUUCCCUGACCCACGAGGGGCUCCUGUCCAGGGCCCCCAAGGCCCUGCUGGACCUGCUGGUCCCCCAGGCCCCAAAGGCCCCAUGGGACCCCCUGGCCCAGCAGGACAGAACGGGAAGUCGGGGACCCCUGGGAUACACGGCCCGGUGGGGCCAAAAGGAGAACGUGGGGAGAGAGGUCCUCUGGGAUAUCCAGGAGAGAGAGGAUUCAUAGGAGAUCCGGGAGUACCAGGAGUCAAGGGAGAACCAGGAGAGAAAGGUCUGCCGAACAAUCUAAAUGACAUUAGUUUGAAGAUGUUCCAAGACUUGCAGGCAGACCUGGAGCUUCUGGCUCGCAGGGUGACACUGCUGGAGGCUAUCAUCUGGCCAGAGCCUGAUCUAGGGUCUGGAGAUGGUUCGUUCGGCACUGCGUCCCCAGGCGGUUUCUACAGGAAUAAGCGGGCAGGAGCCCUACCCUAUUGGCUUGUCUCCCCUCCUCUGUCCUCGGACACCAAGGUUCAGGGGAAGUAGCCUCCCUCCUGCAUCUCUGAGGAUCACGGGGUCUAACCACCCCUCCCUUAGGUCUCUCUGGCACUCUACUGAUCCAGACCUUAUCUGAUACCCUCUGUCGGCUGUACCAUCAGAUGAAAGGUGGGGGACACCUCAGGGAAGCUCCACUGGUGUUCCGGAGUCUGCCCACCUCCAUUGGGAACCAGUACCACCCCCCUCUACCCCAACACACACCUCCCCAUAGACCCAUGGCUCCYCCUGUGUCCCGUCCUUGUGUCUACAGCUAGGAAAUAUUUUAGCCUCGGAAAACAUGCAAAGAUUCUUGUAAGAUAAAAGGAAACCCAAUAUUAAAGGAAAAUUACCACCCAAAAACUAUAUUUUGGUAUUUGUUUCAUUAGUCCAUUGUUGACAUAGUCCCAAAUGUUUUGCUUGUCAGCAAUCAAGUUUUCAAGAUAUGUAACUUUCAAAAUACAGAAAUCAUCCCUGUAUGAUGCAUUUAGCAUCAUAUKAUAAUUUUUGCAGGGAGUUUUCCUUGAAAUGUUUAAUGGUGCUCAUUCAACUGAAAACAAUUCUGGACUAUAAGGGUCAUUGCAGUAUAGUAUAAAUGAGGGUCAAUUAAAGGAGAAAUCAAGUGUGAAAGAAAAGAGACUGUCUCUGAGAAUUUGUUUGGCCCUUAUCAAUGUCGGGAAUCUCAGAGGUUUACUUAUUUAAAUGUAUUUAACAUGUACAGACUGCAAGACACACAUGUACACAAACAAACCUCUUCCCCUUAUAUUCCUUUUGGUUCUAUAAUAUUGUUUUAAUCCUUGUUAUUAAGUGCACUAUAAAGAUGAAGAAUUACACACCGUUCCCAUUGAGGUAUCAGUUAAUAGUGACAUGUUAUGAAAAGUCAAGCAUAUCUGUGUGUGUGUCUUGGUGUCUGAUAUCCCCCCCUUUAAAUCAAACACACAAGGGAUGUAACUUUAUUUAUUUUAUUCACAUUCUAGUUGAGAUUUAUGUUGUUGCACAUCAAUUCAGUUCUGUGCUACCCUUUUCUGCACUUUCUACAUUUUUAGACGGUAUUUUCUCAACAACGGUGCCGAAAUACAUUACUCAAAUCCUUAUAGCAAAGUAUGUUCUACAAAGUUCUGAUUUGUGAUCAAAUUCCUGCAUUUCUUUCGAACCCCCCAAGCUGCAGCUCCUGGAUAAACUAUCAGUAGUAAGACAUGUCACAUUUCUUUUAAAGCCACAAGCUAAAGCAAUGUCAUCUCUAAGAAACCCUUUCUCCUACAGCAACUUCCAUCCUAAGCACACACCACACAGUAGGAGUAGAGGACUUGUUGAUGGAACUUGAAUACAUUUUUGCGUAACUUUGUACCACCAUUUCAUUCUUUAGAUUUGACAUUUUAGUAAUUUAGCAGACGCUCUUAUCCACAGCGACUUUCAGUAGUGAGUGCAUACGUUUUUCAUACUUCCUUCGUAUAUUUCGACUGAUUUAUCUGUCACAGUGAAGAAAAACGCUUCUUUGAUCAAAUGUGUUUCUUUAUCUUAAAAAAAUAUAUCAAUAGCAGUUUCUUGUUUUGUAUGUAACGUCAUAUGUAUUUUCCAUUUUGGGCCUAUUUCAAAUUGCUUGCUAAUGUGUUAUUGUGCAAAAAAAUCUUGUAGAUGGUUGGUAUAAUAAAUAAUUGUUUUGUGUUUUUUAA